AUGCGGGGGGACCCGGCGGCCGGGCGGCCGGCGCUGCCGCCGCCGUUGCUGCUAAUGCUGCUGCUGCUGCUGUCGCGGGCCGCGGCGCUGCACCCAAGCGAGCUCUUCCCCUAUGGGCAGUCGCGAGGGGACCAGCUCCUGCAGGAAGGCGACGACGAAAGCUCAGCCGCCGUGAAGCUGACGCUUUCCCUGCGCUUCUACGAUGCUCAAUUCAGCGACCUCUACGUGGGCACCAACGGCAUCAUCUCCACCCAGGACUUCCCCAGGGAGACCCAGUAUGUGGACGACGAUUUCCCCACAGACUUCCCGGCCAUCGCCCCCUUCCUGGCCGACAUCGACACCAGUGGCGGUAGGGGCCGGGUCCUGUACCGCCAGGACACCUCUCCGGAGGUGCUGGGCCUGGCCGCCAGCUACGUGCGCGCAGGCUUCCCGCUUUCCGGCGCGCACUUCACUCCCACCCACGCCUUUCUGGCCACCUGGGAGCAGGUGGGCGCCUACGAAGAAGCCAAGCGUGGGGCCCCGCCCUCGGGAGAGCUGAAUACUUUCCAGGCAGUGUUGGCAUCUGAUGAAUCUGACACCUACGCCCUCUUUCUUUAUCCUGCCAAUGGCCUUCAGUUCUUUGGAACACGCCCCAAAGAAUCUUACAAUGUCCAGCUCCAGCUUCCAGCCCGAGUGGGCUUCUGCCGAGGAGAGGUUGAUGACCUGAAUAGACAGGGACCAUAUUUCAGCUUGACUAGCACUGAACAGUCUGUGAAAAAUCUCUACCAACACAGCAACCUGGGCAUUCCUGGAGUGUGGGCUUUUCACAUAGGCAGCACUUCCCCGUUGGACAACGUCAGGCCAGCGACCAUUGGAGGAGACCUUUCCAAAGCCCGUCCUUCGGCUCCUCUGGGACAGUCCUUCAGCCAUGCCGUGGCCCUGGAGGAUGACUACACUCAGGACCCUUUGGAUGAUUAUGAUGAGAAUGAGGAGGAAAUCGAAUACCCGCCUAGUGAGCCAGCGGAGGCAUCAAAUGGCCACAGCUCAGUCGAUGUUUCUUUAAGAGGUAGGAUCUCUGCUCCAGAUUCUGACCUGGCCUCCCCUGUGCCACGUUCAGCAUCUCGGGGUGGGCCUGAAACAGAAUCUUCCCCCUUGGACCCUCACACCAAAGAGAGGAGACCUCAGGGGGAGACCGAUGCCUCGGAUUUAAAAGGGCGAGUCGAGUCUUCUGAACAGCCAGGGACCAGAGUCCCUGCUCCUCCAGAGACUGAAGGAGAUUCACCUGCUCCUCCCGGGGAAGCCCCGCCGCCCUCCCCAGAGGGAGGAGCCGGGCCAGCGGACCAGGAUGCUCUUCCAGCCCAUCCGGGUGGAGAGGCGGCCCUUCCCAACUACCCUGGCCCCGACCACGCCCCGCACCUGGGUCACCGGAGGCAAGUGGUCGGGGUGGAGGAUGACAUCAGCUCCAACACUGAGGUCUUCACAUACAAUGCUGCCAACAAGGAGACCUGUGAACACAAUCACGAGCGCUGCUCCCGGCAUGCCUUCUGCACUGACUAUGCCGCGGGUUUCUGCUGCCACUGCCAGUCCAGGUUUUACGGGAACGGGAAGCACUGUCUACCCGAAGGGGCACCUCAUCGAGUCAAUGGGAAGGUGAGUGGGCACCUCCUCGUGGGCCACACACCCGUGCACUUCACCGACGUGGAUCUGCACGCUUACGUGGUAGGCAACGACGGCAGAGCCUACACGGCCAUCAGCCACAUCCCGCAGCCCGCUGCCCAGGCCCUUCUCCCACUCACGCCGAUCGGAGGCCUAUUUGGCUGGCUCUUUGCUUUAGAAAAACCAGGUUGGGAGAACGGCUUCAGCCUCACAGGUGCUACCUUUAUUCAUGACGUGGAAGUUACUUUCUACCCAGGAGAGGAGAGGGUUCGAAUCACUCAAACUGCUGAGGGGCUGGACCCAGAGAACUACCUGAGCAUUAAGACCAACAUUCAAGGCCAGGUGCCUUACAUCCCAGCAAACUUCUCCGCCCACAUGGCUCCCUACAAGGAACUCUACCACUACGCAGACUCAGCUGUGACCUCCACAAGUACCAGAACCUACUCUCUCAUGUCUGGUGCCACCAACCAAACACGGUCCUACCGCAUCCACCAGAACAUCACUUACCAGGUGUGCAGGCAUGCCCCCAGACACUGGGCCGUCCCCAUCACCCAGCAGCUGAAUGUUGACCGGGUCUUUGCCUUGUACUCGGAUGAAGAAAAAGUGCUCAGAUUUGCCGUGACCAAUCAAAUCGGCCCUGUUGAAGAUAAGGUUGUAUCGAUGUCUAAAAUCUAA